AUGGCAGUUAAUGCAGCUCCUAUAACUGCUACAGAUAGUUUAUCACAAGCGUUAAAAGCGAAUAUUAUACCUAAUCAGGAGUACCUGCUACAGGGUUCGGUGUUAGAUUCAGCUGUAGAAGUUUUAUUACAUAGACUCCGUGGCCUUUGCGACAAUGUUGAUGCCGGUCCAGAAACGUUUGAUGAUCAAGAGGUCUGUUUUAUUUUGAGGGACCCUAAUCAACAGGCAGCACCGUUAAUGUUGAGAGUACGAAAGGCACUUGAUGCACGAGAUAUGCCCUAUCAGUUACGUUACAUUGGCCAGCCUGACCUUGGAGAUAAGAACAGACCAACUGUUGUGAGGUCUAGCUUGGAUAUAGCAUGCAGUGGAAUGCUUAUUGAAUUUUUAAAUGAAUUAGGAUGCAGAGUGGACUUUGAAUAUAGUGUUAAAGGUUACAUGUUUAGAAAAGGGAGAAUGAAGAUAACUGUUGCAAAGGUGUUUAAAAUAUCGCAAAGUUCAAUGCCUCCAGAACCCAUCUCACAAAGCUAUCUUGUGGAAUUAUCGGUACUGGCACCUCAAGGUCAGGACGCGAUAGGUGAGGACAUGCGAGCCUUCGCCGACCAACUGCGGCCUCUCGUGCAGCUCGACAAAAUAGAUUACAAGCGUCUCGGGCACAUGUCCGUCACA